ACCAUACCACCCCUCUCUCUACUCUUCUUCUCUCUCCUCAUCGUUGCCAACUUCAGAAUUUAUCUCAUAAAUCCCGUCGAUAGAGACCAAAUCAAUACAGACCUGACAGAUCAGCCCAUCCCGUUGCAACAGGUUAGCGGGGAAGAGAAACUUCAGCAGACAGAGGAGACACGUCAGCUAGUGGAACAUACACGUCAGCAAGUAGAGGAGACAACUCAGCAACUUUUGUCAGAGUCUGCCAACGUGUCUUCUGGCGAUUGGGAAGAUAAACCUGAGGAGACUUCAUACGAUAUCAGUACCACAACUGUCUCAACCGGUGACAACAACCUCGUAACUGCCUUCGGCAUCCCAACAAUCACCUUCAGCCAGGGCUAUGCCCCUCUCUUCAGCGAUUUCAACAUCCUCCGGUCGACCGACGACCGCACCGUCUCUCUCCUCCUCAAACAUACUCGGUUUUGUCCUUACAUGCAAAGAGAUUGGUCUGGAUUUAUUUCUGCUGAUUACUACGAUUACGCAGCAAAAGAAUUGUACAUGAUCACUUCCCAUAUAACUAAUUAUCAUUUCAUGUUCAUAACAUUGGUGCAGACAUCGAAUGUAAAUAUAUACGACAAAACACACGAUGAAUUAGAUUUCGAGUUCCUGGGCAACAUCCAUGGAAAACCAUGGAAGUUUCAGACGAACUUGUACGGCAAUGGAAGCACCCACCGGGCAGAGAAGAGCGUUAUAACUUGUGGUUCGAUCCGGCCAAAGAAGUCCAUCGGAGGUGGUCCGCAACGAGGCCAUGGGCCUGGACUACCCUUCAAAGCCAUGUCCUUGUACGCCACCAUCUGGGACGCCUCCAGCUGGGCCACCAACGGCGGCAAGUACAAGGUCCAGUACCGCUACCAGCCGUUCGUAGCCGAAUUCUCCGAACUCGCCCUUGCGGGCUGCACCAUCGACCCGUCCCAGCCGGCACAAGCCGCCGGCUGUGCUGACAAGAUUGCCGAGCUCGACACUGCCGACUUUGCCACCAUCACGCCAGAAGGCCGCCAGGCCAUGCUCCAGUUCCGAACGAAACACAUGUACUAUUCCUACUGCUACGACACGUUGAGGUACAACGUCACACCGCCGGAGUGUGUGAUCGUGCCGGCCGAGCAGGAGAUCUUCAACGAAAAAGGAAGGCUCAAGGGUGUGACGAAUAUCAAGUUCGGCCGACGCCGACAUCGUGGCCGCCGCCGGGGGGUGGCGCCGAAAAAGGCGAAAAGGAGGGAACCCCGGGUGGAUUCGGAUGGUGCCAAGGAG